GGAUAGGAUGGGCUGGGGGCUGGUGCCGGGCUUGGCUGUGUACUGGGCUGUGCAGAACUAGGGGUAGGAUCUGAGUGUGUUUAUAUAGCCCAGGCAAACCCGCUCUCUGGCCCAUUCCCUCUAAGCCAGAGAAUACAACCCUACCAGGACCGCUGGCAAGGGAUUGUUUAGCAUUUAACAAGAGAGAGAAAGAGAGAGCGAGACAGAGAGAAAGAGAGAGAAAACAGAGAGCGAUAGAGUCAGAAAGAGAACAUACACAUAUAGAGGAAGCCAGAGAUAGAGUGGUCAACAGGGACACAUAGGAGGAAAGAUAGAGAUUGAAAGAAAGAGAAAGAGGUUGAGAGAGAGACAGAGAGAGAGAGAGAGAGAGAGAGAGAGAGAGAGAGAGACAGAGAGAGAGAGAAAGAAAGAGUUGAAGAAAUAGGUCUGAGAUAUUUAACACACACUCCUAUUUACCUCUCUCUCAACAUACUCACAUUUACCUCUCUCUCAACAUACUCACACACAUUGUGAGACAGAGAGAAAGCAGACAAAACUCACCACACAAAGUCUGUGACAGAUAGAUAGACCUCAACACAGACAGACAGACUCUCUGAGACACGGACGGCAGGCAGCAUGUUUCUGUGGCGGCUCCCCCAGGCAGCGUGCCUGGUGUUGGUGUGUGUGUCGCUGACUCUUGGGUACGAAGACGAUAUAGAGGUGAACUAUGGUGACAGCUACUACAACGAGAUCACAGAGGGAGAGCCACUGGAGCCCACAGCUACCCCAGCCCCAGGACCCUGUAAGGCUACAGACAUGACUAAAUGGGACAAGCUCUUUUCCAUGCUGGAGAACUCUCAGAUGAGGGAGAACAUGCUUCUGCAGUUCUCCGAUGACAUCAUCAAGGUGGAAUUGGGGUCGCUGCGUGGAGAGAUGCUAAGGUUCGUGGCUCAGUACGGAGGGGCCUGUGGCGUUGCGGUGGAGACCGCUGGGCGGAGGAUGUCCAUGCAGAUGGAGGCUCGCCUCAGGGAGAGCAUGGAGCAUCUCAGACAGGAUCGAAGCACUGACGCUGGGAAUUCAGCUGGGAAUAGCCAUCAGGAAAAGCUGUUACAGCAGCUUCUAACUGCAGCGAGGACACAGGCUAUCCGACUUAUCAAGCUGGAAAACAUCUGCCUGAAUAAUCCAGAGGCUAAGGGGGAAAACUUGCAGCAGGAAGUGGCAUCAGCAGAGAUGCUGGUUGCCGUGGUGACAGAGCUGGCGAAGACGAGGGCAGUGCUAGAACUCGCGCUCAAGUCGGCACAGCAACGACACCUGCCUGCAGGCUGUGAGACCGCUCUUCUCUUCCCUAUGCGUUCCCCUCGUAUCUUCUCGUCAGUGACACCAGACCUCCCUCUCUCCCUCUCUUCCUUCACCGUGUGCCUGUGGGCCAAGCCCGUCUCCGUCUCCAACAGAACCGUGCUGUUUUCCUACGGAACCAAACGGAACCCCUAUGAGAUACAGCUCCUUCUUAGCGGAACAAGGGCUCUCUUCACCGUGGGAGGAGAGGCUCACCUGGUGGAGGCACGGGGAGUGGUGAAAGGAGGAGGAGUUUGGACCCACCUAUGUGGGGCUUGGAGCUCUGAGCAGGGCAUAGCGUCACUAUGGGCCGAUGGACACAGAGUGGCAUUCACACCCGGGGUGGCCGAGGGCCACAUGUUACCGGAUGGAGGCUCACUCCAGCUGGGGCAGGAGAGGAACGACGGUGGGGUCUCUGGAGGGUCAGGUGGCAGUGGGAGUCAGAUGCCUGGGUUUGAGGGAGGUUUCGAUGCCAAGUUGGCAUUCGCUGGGAAGAUGACAGGGGUGAACAUGUGGGACCGUGUGCUGACGGAGGAGGAGAUAUCCCAGCUGGCUUUGCAAGACGGUGAGGGGUGUGAGCAGAGGGGGAAUGUAGUUGGGUGGGGCUUGACGGAGAUUGUGCCUCACGGGGGUGCUCAGUUCAUCAACUAACUCUGAUGACGUUUUCAUCAUCAUCAUCAUCAUCGUUUAAACGAACUCUAUCAUCAUAAUUCUCAUCAUCUUCAUCCUAAUCGUCAUCAUUUAAAUGAACCAUCGUUUUCAUCAUGUAAAUGAACUUUCAGCAUUUAAAUUAACUAUCAUCAUCUUCGUCGUCACCAUUAUAAACUAACUCUGCUGCCCUAAGACCUGCAGUGCAGAACAGCCCGACCGGCUGAGACUGCAACAACAAUGUGAACAUGAACAACAACACCAGCUCUCUUCAAUGGCUAAAGAGACUGGAGAAGAAUGUGCCCUGUUAGAGGAGUGUUUCCCAUUAAGAGAAGCAGUGGUAACACACACACACACACACACACACACACACACACACUCAGACACACACACACACACACACACACACACACACACACACACACACACACACACACACACACACACACACACACACACACACACACGGUGAGAAGCAUUAGUAUACAUAGUCUAAGGAGUAGAAGUGGAACAAACAUCAUUUACCACAGAUAUAAAGAGAAAAAUGAAAAGGAAAGAACAGAGGUGAGAGAGACAAAAAUAUGCUUUGGGCCAACUGGCACAAAACCAGUCUGCAAGUGUCAUCACUAGAUGGCCAUGCUAGAGGACUUGCACUGCUGAUGGCUAUAUCAUCAGCAGUGCAAGUACAUUAGCUGUUUGUUAUUAAUAGAGUGUUAGGGUUAAGGGGUAAGGUAAAUGGGAAAGGGUUGAGGUUUGGGUUAGUUGUUAAAGUGGAAUUUCUGGCUAAAAAAACACUUUAUCUUUGUCCUCUCUAGCAUGGCUACGUAGUGACAACUAUCUGUAAGCUGCCAUAGGAGGUUUUAAUCAUUCUAUUACCUUAUAAUCUUAUGCUUCCGGCAAAAGUAAAAAAAAAUCCAAACGUUGUUUCCAACUUUGUAUUUAUCAAAGUGUUUACAUUCAGAUGUGAAAAACAUAAUAUUUUUGUUGUUUUGUAUUUUGCUUAGUUUUCCAUACACCCAGAGGUCUUUCCUUACACCCAGAGGGCUUUCCAUACACCCAGAGGUCUUUCCAUACACCCAGAGGUCUUUCCUUACACCCAGAGGGCUUUCCAUACACCCGGAGGUCUUUCCAUACACCCAGAGGUCUUUCCAUACACCCAGAGGUCUUUCCAUACACCCAGAGGUGUUUCCAUACACCCAGAGGUCUUUCCAUACACCCAGAGGGGUUUCCAUACACCCAGAGGUCUUUCCAUACACCCAGAGGGGUUUCCAUACACCCAGAGGGGCAUCCAUACACCCAGAGGGGUUUCCAUACACCCAGAGGUCUUUCCAUACACCCAGAGGGGUUUCCAUACACCCAGAGGGGUAUCCAUACACCCAGAGGUCUUUCCAUACACCCAGAGGGGUUUCCAUACACCCAGAGGGGUAUUCAUACACCCAGAGGGGUUUCCAUACACCCAGAGGGGUAUCCAUACACCCAGAGGGCUUUCCAUACACCCAGAGGGGUAUCCAUACACCCAGAGGGCUUUCCAUACACCCAGAGGGGUAUCCAUACACCCAGAGGGCUUUCCAUACACCCAGAGGGGUAUCCAUACACCCAGAGGGGUAUUCAUACACCCAGAGGGGUUUCCAUACACCCAGAGGGGUAUCCAUACACCCAGAGGGCUUUCCAUACACCCAGAGGGGUAUCCAUACACCCAGAGGGCUUUCCAUACACCCAGAGGGGUAUCCAUACACCCAGAGGGCUUUCCAUACACCCAGAGGGGUAUCCAUACACCCAGAGGGCUUUCCAUACACCCAGAGGUGUAUCCAUACACCCAGAGGGCUUUCCAUACACCCAGAGGGCUUUCCAUACACCCAGAGGGGUAUCCAUACACCCAGAGGGCUUUCCAUACACCCAGAUGGGUAUCCUUAGUCCCUGUUUGUUUUGCAUCUCAUUUGAGACAGAAACACUUGAUCUGAAAAGCGGAACUGUGGACAAUUCUUACAGAAUCUGUUACAACGAUCUCUGCUCUUUGUUAACGUAGUAGGCAAUGUGUAUCAUAUUGUAAAUUGUUUUGUGUUUUUGUCAAGAAGUAAAAAUGAAUGUAUUUUGUAUAUAAAUAUUUUUUGGCAUACAGUAUGACUAAAAAUGGAGAAUAAACGAGAAACGAGAAUAAAAUGACAUGUUAACAUUAA